UUCAAAUGCAGCGGUACACGUUGUCCGGGUUUUCCUAUGAGCUGGCCUCUAGACCUCUUCACUUCGCCGAGCCCAUUCCGGCAGUCAGAAUAUGCGUUGUCUGCGGGUUGCUGCCCCACACGACCACCUUUCUGCCAUGUCGACACGUGCUGUGCAAAACGUGCUACUCGCAGUGCUUGGUCGACGAGAUUCACGAAUGUCCACUGGACGGGGACAAAUUCCUUGAAAAAGACGUUGAAUGGAGAAUCUUUCCUCUGAAAAAUCUGCUGAGGCGCAAGGUAAAAUGCUGGAACGAGGAAAACGGUUGCGACGCCAUCAUGACUGUUUCAGACAUGCUGAAGCACUUUGAUGAAGAUUGCGUCCGUCACACAGCGCGCUGUCCGAACUGCUCAGCUCUCGUCCUCUGCACGAAUGUGUGCGCGCAUCGGAGAAGUAACUGCACCACGCACGAACUGUCCAGCGAGGCCCAACAGCUGAAACCACUCCAAGGCUCGGCUCAGGAAGCCAUGUUCCCCGAUUUAAAGACAACAUUGGAAGAACAUGUCGGGGAAAUGAAAUUUGGCCUUGACCAGGUUGCCUAG